GUUCAGUUGACGGGUCCACCCUUAACGAGAGAGUGGCGUGUUUUCCCGCGAAAUUUCCACGUUUUCGUGUGAGUGAAGUGCGUUCAAGUGGUUUGAGUGGGAUCAGAGAAUUCAUAAAAUGAGUAUCCCAUCACAAUAACAGGAUGAUUGCACGAAGUUACUUGCAUUACAAAGCAAGCAUAACAUGAUGUAAAAAUAAUGACAACUCUACCAAACAGGAACUCUUCCCGCCUUUACUCUAAACAUGAUCGAAAUAUAGAAGGAACCAAGUACAAAGAUGUCGAAAAUAAAACCAAAGAUCCCAGCGAAUUUAUGAUGCUGGUUGACGAUUUCAGUGAUUACUUCUACGGCAAUGCUAGUCACGACGUAUUCAUUGCUCACAACCAAACACUAGAGGUAUUAAACGAUGUUUACACUAACUGUACGUUUAACGGUACGUUCAAUGUGUCGUGUUUCGGGAGAGUGGAGACGGUUCCACAAUACAACUAUUGGGGUUUAUUGCUGUUGAUCUUCCCGUUUUUUACGCUGUUCGGUAAUGUGUUAGUGAUUAUGAGUGUGGUGCGGGAGAGGACAUUGCAGACAGUGACGAAUUAUUUCAUAGUCAGCUUGGCGGUUGCUGACCUUCUAGUGGCUGUGGUGGUGAUGCCGUUUGGAGUUUACUAUCUGGUACACGGUUCCUGGGGUCUGCCAGCCUUCGUGUGUGACGUGUAUAUCGCGAUGGAUGUGACGUCAUCGACGUCCAGCAUUUUCAAUCUGGUCGCCAUAUCUGUCGAUAGGUACAUAGCAGUAACCCAACCAAUCAAGUACGCAAAACACAAAAACAAUAAGCGCGUUUGGUUCACCAUAGUCCUGGUGUGGAUGAUCUCUGCAGCAAUAGGAGCGCCCAUCGUUCUAGGACUCAAUGACACACCAGACAGAAAUUACGACGAAUGCCUCUUCAACAGCCUCAACUAUGUGUUGUAUUCGUCGUUGGGGUCUUUCUACAUACCCUGUAUAAUGAUGAUGUUCCUCUAUUACAAUAUUUUCAAGGCUUUAAGAAACCGCGCCAAGAAACAGAGAGCAGCCAAGAAGCCUCCAAUAUCUGGUGAACCAACAGGAACCACAGCUGCCGUGGUUAUCGAAAACGUAGCUCGAACCAGACAGUUGGAGACAGCAAUAGAUGAAAGACCGACAAAUACAGGCUCUGGCAGUAACGAAGAUGACCAUGAAGAUAGUUUCGACAAGCGGUCUGUUGAGAUGGAAGUAUACACGGAAGAGUGUCACGUGAUUCCUAACGACAAAUCUACUGAAUUCAUGUUGGCCACUCUAACUGAACAAACCACUAAAACCCCGAGAAAAAAGGUAAAACCCCAAACCAUUCAGGAUCCAAACGGAAACAACGACUCAGGGUAUGCUCCCUCCAAUCUAGAGGAUACCAUUAGGGAACACAUGACCCCUCCCGGGUCUCCCCCAGUAAAAGAUGCCACCGUUCUGAGAAAUUUGGCCUGUGAUACGUGGAAGAAGAACGGCAAGAGACUUGAACCGGAUACAAGAUGCGCGUCAAUCGCUUUUCGUUCUGAAGAUGACUUGGGGUCCAGUCACUAUGACCUUCGGGAUGGCACAAAUAGUAAAAAAGAAAGGAAAGCAAGCUCCACUGCGAGGUUCACUAUCUACAAAGCGAAUAAAGCAAGCAAGAAGAAACGCGAAAAAUCCUCCGCGAAAAAGGAAAGAAAAGCAACUAAGACACUGGCUAUAGUUUUAGGUGUGUUCCUCUUCUGCUGGACACCGUUUUUUACCUGCAACGUACUGGACGCGAUUUGCGCUAAAUUUGGUCUUCAGUUCACACCGGGAGUCACUGUCUUCAUUCUCAACACUUGGCUAGGAUAUAUCAACUCCUUCCUUAACCCAGUUAUCUACACGAUCUUUAACCCAGAGUUUAGAAAAGCCUUCCGGAAAAUAUUGAAGUGCAGCACCUAGCGUCUGGAUUACGUGGUCAUCUUCGCUCAGUAGAUCAAUUAGACAUAUUAGUAUGCAUGAGCAGUUUGAUUUGGCUAUCAAAAAUAUAGAAAAGACGAAAGAUAAUGAAAUAUAAAUGAUUGUAAUAUAAAUAUAAAGUCCCUCUAAUUAGUAUUGCAUUAUAAAGUAAACACUAACAACGAACACUAUGGACGGCGGCCAUAUUGUGAUCAUUUAUAAACAGCAUAUCGACUGCUUUAGCACAACCGUUUUCUCCUACUAGUUUUGUAAAUACUUACAAGUAGAUUUUGCCGUAAGAUUAGAUAUAAAGAAAGUUAUGUAUAUUCUGUCCUAUAAUGUUUCAUAUUAAAAGAUGCUUAUGGCUCAGAGAGUGAAGUCACGAUGGGAUGGUUGUAUGGAAUAAAUAAUCCGGAAACAACAAAAGAAUAUAAAAGACAAGAACUGAGCAAAUAAAGUACGUUAGCGCGUCCUUUGUAUUUCAAAGCGGAGUGGAAAAUAGAAUAUAGAAUUUUCCACCUCUCUCAAGACAGAGAGUAAUAGUAAAGCUUUAACUGUACCCAACAGUAUUACUAAAAUAACUUCUAAAUUUAAUUAUAGUUAAUAAAUUGCCAAAAAAUUAUACGCUUCCCUUUUUUUAAGGUUGUGAUUUUAUUUCAUAAUGUGUGUAUUAAGUUUUUAAAAUGCUCAAAUAUUAACGAUUCAAUCUCUAAUAUAUAAAGGUUAAUAAUAUUAGCAAAUUAAGUAGUAAACAAAUAUUUCCUCUCAACUUCAAAAAUACAUCUAGUUUUUACACAUUCAAUAUUUAUUUUUCUGAACAAAUUGGAAUAGAUUAAUUGAUAUCUACUAUAAUUAAAAAUAUUUAUGAAGUCAAUGCACGGCGUGAUUUGAAGUUUGUAAAUACGAUAAUUAUAUAAUUUGAUCAUAUCAAAAGUUGUAAAUAAUCUCUAUAAAUUUGAAUAUUUAAGGUCUUGUUAGAAACUUGUCUAUCUACGAAACAUAAGCCAAUAACUUUCAUGAUAACGACGAUGCGUCAUUUAUAAAGAGUAUUUAGUUAAUAUAUGUAUUAAUAUUAUACCUCGUAACAUGUAAGCUUUUAUAUGCAUUAAAGUCUCGAGGUUUGAAUUUGAAAAACCAUCUCAACUAUUUAACUUACCAAUUAAUAUGAUAAUAAAAAAUGUUAGUUUGUAUAGAUUAACCAACCUUUAAUUCAUACAAAUUUAAUUAAAGAAUUUGUUCAUCUCCUUCUGUCAAAGAGGUUCAUGCUGUGAAAUAAAAAUAGAUCAGUGGUAAGUCAAACAGUAAAUUUAAACUGAUUAGUGUUUAUAAGAGGGUUAAUUAAUAAUUAAAAAGACAUAUUGUUUUAUUUUUUAAAUUAAAUGUAUCCAAACAGCUUAAGCUUCAAUGGAUUUAUAUAAAAUUACAUUAGACCAAAGAAUAUAUGCCUAGGUCAUAAGAAUUAAAUAUUGUGAUCUCGUUUUAAUUAUGCUCAAUUAUUAAUUUUCAAAUACUCCAAACGUAACUCGAUGUUCCUUGUAUUCUAUAUAGUUUUUACGUAUAUUAAUUUAUUUCACCCUUAACAUGUUAAAGUUCUUUAUUGUUAAUUGUGAGUAACUGCGUUAUAAACUAGAGGUUUAUAUAGGCUAAAUAUUUGAAAGUAUCCUGAUAAUAUAGCUAUGUAUAAAAGCUCAAUUUUUUUAAAUAAAUGAGAUUCUUGUGCAAUAAUGUAGCUUGUGUUAGUCGCGCCAAAUUUAAAUGUAAAUAUCAUUAAAUAUUAUGAGUAAUUUGUAAAUUGUACCAUUUAGUAAAAUAUUAAAACAACUCGUAGAUAAAAUAAAAAUAAUUUGAUAAGCUAAUGGUAACUUCCUUAAAAUAUGUUUCUUUUCUAAGUAUUAGUUAAAGUGUGUUGUGAUUAAUUUGUGUACGCUGAAAUAACUCACAUACUAAACGAACAUAAUAUUAUCGUGUAUUAGUAAUUGUACAGGUAGCGUUUGAACUUUCUAUGCAAAAU